AUGCCGACGACGACCCAGGUGAAGACGGCGUCGACGUGCCGCCCGCCGGAGACGGUGCAGGGCACGCACGUGUUCGACAUCCUCAGCCACUGCAUGUGCAUCAGCCGCGGCGAGCUCGGGGGCACCUACCUCCGAGACGACCGCCUCACCAUCGAGUGCGUGGUCACCGUCCGGAAGGAGCCCCGGGUGAGCCGGACCCGGGCGUUCCCCAGCAUCCGGGUGCCCGCCUCCAACCUCAAGCGCCAGCUCGCCGGCCUACUGGAGAGAGCGGCGUUCGCCGUCGCCGGCGAGACGUUCGCCGCGCACCAGCUCGUGCUCGCCCUGCGCUCGCCGGUCUUCAAGGCGGAGCUCUGCGGCCUCAUGCGGGAGGCCGGCGGGGCGGCGCAGCCCAUCGACAUCGAGGACAUGCAGCCGGAGGUGUUCCGGGCCAUGCUCCACUUCGUCUACACCGACUCCAUGGAUCACAGCGACGACGACUUCGGGAGGAACUGCGACAUGGUCCGGCACCUGCUGGUGGCGGCGGACAGGUACGCCAUUGAGAGGCUCAAGCUGACCUGCCAGAGCAUCCUCUGCCGCAACCAGGACGUCAAGAACGUGGCGACGACGCUGGCCUUGGCCGAUCAGCAUCACUGCGACAGGCUGAAGCAGGCGUGCGUCGAGUUCAUGUGCUUUGCGAAUAACAUGGAAGCGGUUGUGGACACGCAGGGGUACAAGGAUCUCGCCACAACUUCGCCUUCGGUCUUGGCUGAGGCGAUGGUGAGGAUGAGCAAGGUCGGCAAAAAAGAUAACCAAAAAAGCACUGGGAGAUAUAGAUGCACCUAA